UUUUGUGGUUUUUUGAUAGUCGAUGAGGAUUAUUUUUAAAAAUGCGGAUUUCGGAUUUUUGUGGCUUUUGAAGAUUUUGAGGAAUGCAAAGUAUGUAUAUGAGAAUAUAAAGAUAUGAGAAUGCGGAUUAUUUUAAAUCAAAAUUGGGGUUUUUAAAAAUUCGAGAGCGAAGCCCUGACUUACUAUAGAAUGUAUUUCACGUUAUUUCAGAAUGAUAAGCCGCAUUUUAAAUUUAUCGAAAAGCACUAUUCAUUGUUAAAUGCAAGUCAUGAAGUUUACAAAAAUAUGAACCUAAUGCUUGAAUCAUUUUUUGCAUCUACUGAACAUAAUAGCAAAUUAUUACAGCUUCGUAUCAAGACAUGGAUCUUAGCAGAAUUUUGGCUGAAAAAAGCGAUAAAGGACACGGCAGAAUUUUUGAAGGCCGUUAGAAAUGACUAUUUGAGUCAUUUCCUAAGCGAUUUAACUGAGGAUAUAGAGCAGAAUCUGUCUUUUUGGCUUACUCAUGAAAAAGGGCAACUUAAAAGAUAUGGCGAUGCAAAAACUUCUUACAAGUUAACGGUCAGUUUCGAGAUCAUUUUAUGA